CCAGUGAUAAGAAACAGUGAUAGAAAAUGGGAGGAAUCUACAAACUAGCAUCCCUUGUGGUGCUCCUUAUUGGACUAAAAAUCGCCAAUGCGGGAGUAACUUUCGAGCAAAUGCAGAAAGCUGGUGAACUCGUGCGUUCAAUUUGUCAACCAAAAUUCAAAAUAUCCGACGAACAAGCCAAUGGCUUCGGCAAGGCACAAUUUCCCGACGAUAAAAACUCCAAAUGUUACGUGAACUGCAUCUUUGAGAACAUACAGUCAAUGAAGCGAGGGAAAUUCCAAUUUGAAGCUACGAAGAAGCAAGCAGAGAUCCUACUUCCGGAUGACAUGAGAGAGGCCAGUAUUAAGGCUAUGGUAGCCUGCAAAGGAGCCACAGAUGGCAUUAAAGAUCCCUGUGAAGCAGCGUAUUCUCUCCUUAAGUGUCUCCAUUCCAAUCACGAGGAUUUCUUUUUCCCAUAAAGGACGUAAAUUGGAAGUUAUAAUUUUAAUUUUAAGUCAGUUAAUUUUAUUCUUGUGUCAUUGUCUUUCCGGUUAAAAAUAUACUUUAUGUAGGUAUUAAUGCAGGAAGUAGCAAAUUUAGCGAAAUAAUAAAAAAAAAUUGAGGCACAGACAUAUAAAUUAAAUAAAGUGACAA